AUGUUGCACGAGACUGUGCCCUUGCAAAUGACCCCAGGAGACGAACUCGAACAUUCUGAAGCCACUCACUGUAACAUCUGUAAAGAACCAUUCACUAAGAAGCAAAAAGUGCAAGACCAUGAUCACGUAAGUGGAGAAUUUCGCCAAUCGUUGUGUCAGGGAUGUAAUCUGAAACUGCGGAUACCACGUAAAGUGCCCAUCAUUGCGCAUAAUGCCAAUUAUGACCUCGGAUUCAUAGUAGCUCAUCUGCACCUGCUUCGGAAGACAGACAUCAGAGUGAUAGCUUCCAGUUGUCAAAAGUUUAAGGCUAUAGACAUUGGUGUGUUCCGCUUCAUAGACUCGUUGAGCUUCCUCAAUGCUAAUCUCGACACAUUUACGAAAAAUCUAUGCGGCAAAGGUGAAUUUAACUUCAGGUGUCUGUGUCAGUUUUUCGCAGAGGAGGACUACUUCAAUUUGGCUGUACGUAAAGGGGUUUUCUGUUAUAACUACGUUACCUCUUUUGAACGUUACGACGAGCCCUGUUUGCCAUCACGUGACCAGUUCUUUAACCAACUGAACGGAUCAGAAGUGAGCGAGGAAGAUUACCGCCAUGCGGAAAACGUGUUUGAAAAAUUUCAACUGAAGAGCCUGGGCGAGUACUCGGAUUUGUACCUUCUGACGGACGCACUGCUUCUGGGAGACGUGUUUCAAAACUUCCGAAUAUGGGCGUUGGAGACACACAAAAUUGAACCACUUAAUUUCGUGUCACUCCCAGGACUAAGCAUGUCUUGCGCACUAAAAAUGAGUCGGAUUAAUCUGGAUUUAAUCCACGAUCCCGAUGCCUAUCUGUUAAUUGAACGGGGCCUGCGUGGUGGUAUGACCCAGUGUUCAACGCGAAUGGCUACUGCAAAUGUCCCAGGGACAGAGCAGUACGAUCCCGAAAAACCAAAGACCAUAAUUCAUUACAUAGACAUAAAUGGACUCUAUGGCACAGUGAUCCGUGAACCACUCCCAUUCGGAGUCUUUGAAUGGUUGUCACCCGAAGAGGUUGCAGGCUUAGAUGUAACCCUUGUUGCAGAUUAUGCAGACGUCGGUUAUUUUUUAGAGGUAGACCUGGCCUACAUACAUGAGCUCCACGAACGACAUAGAGAUUUACCGCUGGCGCCCGAAAAAAUGAGCGUUCUGUAUGAGUUGCUCUCAGAUUAUCAGAAAGACCUGAUGAAAAAAUUUAGCCUCCCACAGCAUGAUAUAGAACCGAAAUUACUCCUUACAUUGCUUGACAAGAAGAAGUAUUUUCUUCAUUAUCGCAGUCUAAAGUUGUACCUACAGUUGGGUCUCCGGCUCGAGAAAAUUCACCGGGUGCUCAGGUUCAAACAAAAACCAUUCCUGCGAUCCUAUGUUGACUUCCAUCACGAACUACGCAACCAGGUAACGAAUACCUUCGAACGUAACCUGUACAAGUGUUUAAUUAACUCCGUAUAUGGGAAAACAUGUAUGAAUGUACGAAAGUUCGUCGACUGCCGCUUGGCAACUUCCGAGGAGCAAGUGUUGAGAUUCUUGCGUAAACCGAACCUCCAGCAAUUCAGGGCUCUAAGCUCUAACGUAGUCUUGUUUCAGUUCGCUCAAUCGAUAGUCCAUAUGCGACAGCCUCUGUACCUGGGGUUCACUAUUCUCGAGCUCUCUAAAGUCAUGAUGUAUGACUUUCAUUAUAACGACUUGCUUCGGGUAGCCCCGGACACAAGGCUCUUGUAUAUGGACACAGAUUCUUAUAUCGUGAUGCUGAGCGAUGAGAAGGCCCUUGCGGAGCUCGCCGAUACCCACCUUGAUACAUCUGGUCAUUCUUGUGAUGACUCGCUGUAUUCUACGAAAAACAAGAUGGUGCUAGGAAAAUUUAAGAACGAAAUGCCCCACGACCACAUCCUAGGGUUCUGUUGCCUGAAACCGAAGCUCUACGCACUAGACCUCCAUAGUAAAAAAACGAUACAAUCGUGCUAA